GUCGUAGAUUGGCUCAAGUGCGACCAUCGAAACGGUCGGUUUCGGCCGCAUGGCGGAGAGGCCGAAGGCGAAACGGACUCCGGUCCUGGCCUUUGUAGGUGGAGUGUCCCAGAGCAUUGAUGCGCUGGUUGAAAUCCUCGAAGAGAAUUUGAAGAUGGCGCAAGAUGCACCACUUCCGGAAAAAAUCAGUAAAGCAACGCAAAAGCUCAAAGACAGCGUCGGCCACUUGCAGAGACAGAUCGAAGAAACCGUUUCGCGUUCCGAGGAGGUGGGUCAGGAGCACACCCUCUCGCUGGUGCCUUUGGGCCGCGGAUCAGUGCCAAAGGCACCGCUGCAGGCUCUGGACGUGAAUGAGCCGAUCCCCGUCGAGGCACCUCCGAGGGGCUUUUGCUGGCGCCCGGCGCUGUGCCCUGGACCGGUCAAGCAGGAUGAGGUUGAUGACUUGCAAGGACUCCCCAUGGAGAAUCCAUCGGAGUGUGACGAGAAAGGUGAAAACGAGCUGGAGGAGGUCGUCCCAAUGACGAGUAGCGGCAACGUGGGCUUUUCGACCACCAGUAAUGAGAUGGGCUUUUCCACCACGAGCGGCGACAUGGUCAUGCCCCGCAUUUCCGAAGGUUGCCCCAGCCAGUUCGGCGGCUCGAUGGCAAAGAUGCCAGAGCUGGAUGAUGAGGAGGAGAUCCAUGACUUCAACUUCUGCAUUUUGAGUCCCAGUUGGACCAGUAAAAUGGCCUGGGACUUCUUUGUGAUGUUCUUGGUGAUUUUGGACUCCAUCAUCCUUCCCUUUCAGCUGUCCUUCAAACAUGGAACUCCGGACGAUGCCUUCGAUGAGUUCUGGUUUUGGCUCACGACCAUCAUUUUCUUCACGGACGUCUUUCUCUCCUUCAACACGGCCGUGGCCAACCCAUCGGAGCCAGGGACAUGGAUCAUGAGCCGUUCGAAGAUUGCGUGGAUGUAUUUGCGCGGAUGGUUCUCCAUCGACUUCUUCAGCACCAUCCCCUACGGCCACCUCGCCGCCGCCUUCGGCAACGGCGAGUCCGCUGGAGCCGUCGGAUUGCUGAGAAUGCUCAAGUUCUUGCGCAUCAUGCGGUUAAUGAGGAUGCUGAGGAUGUCAAAGCUGCGAGCAGUCUGGGAGCGAGUUGAAGUACGAAUCGGCUCCAUUGCCAUCAUCCAGACCAUCAUGUUGAUGAAGGUGCUCCUUUUUGUGGUCGCCAUGUGCCAUUGGAGCGCUUGUCUCUUUUGGGUGAUUGGCUGCCAGGAAAGCCUUUUGACUGACUUGCUCCCACCCGAAAGUGCUGCGCAAUUCUCUCAGCUGCAGCACUGGACGACUCUGCCACGCCGCGAUUCGCCCUACGUAGGCGAUGCAUGGACCUUUGCCGAGAAACCCAUGGAAGAGCAGUACAUUUUCUGCUUCUACUGGACCUUGGGAGUCAUGAGGACCAUGCCAGCAGAGGUCACGCCAGUGAAUUUUCCCGAGCGGAUCUUCGUGCUGCUGUUCAUGUUCUUCGCACUCUCGGCCUUCGCCGUGUCGGUGGCCUCUUUGACCCAGGCUUACUUCAAGAUCUUUGAGCGGGGUCGCACCUUCAACGAUGAAUACUUUUAUGUGCGCAUGUACCUGAACCGCUUUGGAGCGCAAAAGCCCUUGGAGGCGCGGGUGAAGCAGUUCUUGGGCCACCUGUUCGAGCGACGGCGGAUCAUGGCCAAGGAGACCAACUUAAUGGACAAGCUGCCGGAGGUCUUGAAACACGAUGUGCAGAACAUGCUAGUGUGGCAUCACCUCCAGAAGUUGCAGCUCGUGAGCGAUCUCGGCAAGGGCGCCAUACAGGAGAUUUGUGCCGCGUCCACGAUUGCGGACCACAUGCCGGGGGUGCUUCUGUGCACCAGAGGUGAAGUCGCGGAGUCCACGUGGCUUCUGUGUUCCGGGCGGCUUCAAGUCUAUGACGAGGCAGAGGAAAGAUGGACCAGCACGACAGGCAAGCACCGAGUGACCGUCAUUGACUAUGAGACCCUAGCCACACCGGAGCCUUACCACUCCACACUCACUGUGUCCACCGCGACGGUCUGCGAGCUGCUACAGAUCAGUAAGGCCAUUUUCUUGAAAUUCGCUGGGCACAACCAGGCUGAAACUACAAGGCAAUGGCGGAAGAAGCAGGAGCAGUCCAACAAGGGUGUCAUCAAGGUGCAAUUCUCGGGCCUGGAGAACACGGAGGAGCAAAACACCAUUUGCGCCUCCGCGACGACGGCGGUGCUGAUGUCCGGGCACUGAUCAGGGCGCCGCGCUGCAGGGGCACUUCGGGCGGGGGGCGCCCGAGCAUGAAGAAAGGCCCUGGAAUGGAUAUCGAUCGGCUCAUGGUCAGCAUGGUGGUCGUCUUUUUGAGAUUGAUUGUGAUCAUAAGCUUUUAUUUGUCAACUGUUCCAGAUUAGCAGGCUUGCCGUUCUGGUUGGCAGUUUGCUUUGGCUUUGACUAAGUUGUGGAUUGGGUGGCUUGAAGUAGCCGGUUCAGCCGCAGAUCUCAAGCGAGGGAGCGGCUUGUGGUAUCACUUUCCGUGGGCAAGUCUCAACAGUGAUGCAAGACAACCGCGGAAUAAAAGUUGAGGGAAUGACCCAUGCCACUGUGCUCCCAUUUUGAUCCAACGGUGCCGGAC